GCCUUCAUACUUCUAUCAUAACUCUAGUGCCUAUUCGCUAAAUGAAAAGCCUUACAUUGCUAUUGUCAUUGAGCCUACUUAUGAAACAAUAGAUCCUUUCACUGCUGUUAUUGUAGAGCCUAAUUUAAAGUCCUGA